CUUCCUGUUUCUAUUUCGACACAACAAACUGAAGCAGUUUGAACUGAAUGUGUUCGUUUUUUCAUGUUUUACCUGUGUACUAAACUGCCUGGCUACUCAACUUGCGAAGCUGAAGAGAUAUACCUGCGUUUAAAUGGCCUAAAAUAAGAUGUCGGCUUCGUGUGAAACAUUUCCGAUGUUUUUGCUUGACGGUGCUAUUCCUAAGGUUUCAGAAACAGAUUCUGAAGAUGACAGCGAUUCAGAUUCUAACUCGGAUACUGACUACGAAUUCCCAGAACCAACAACGUUUCCAAUCUCGGCCACAAGCUUUCCAGGACCAAGACGUGUAAAGGUGACAGAAUUUCGACCAGUAAUACACCAGGAGGGUUACACCACAACCUACAGAUUUUCAUUUGAGAAGGAAGGAAGACACCAGUGUGAGAUCACAAAUCUGAUUUUUAAUGUGGCGUUGGCUCCAGCUGAAGUUGAGUAUCACACAGAGCAAUGGGAGAAGUGCCCCCUUCACAGCAGCUCCCUGCUUCCUGCUGGUCCACUGUUUGAUAUAAAAUGCCUGAACGGAGUUUUGAAGCACCUUUCCUUCCCACACUCAGAAUACACUCCUGAACUUGCCUACAGUCCUUCCACGACCAACCCUGGAAGUACAGAAACACAGCCGCUGCCCAACCCCUUUAGAAGAGCAGAAAUAGAGUUGGUGGUGGCACACAAGAAAAAUGACAAUAUUGAAGUUAUUAAACCCAUCAAAGUGACGAAAACUCACAUCAAAAUAAAGGUCAAAGAAAUGUCUCUCUUUGGUCUGUUGAGAAGAAAGAAAAAAUCUAAAUUCAGAGCGCUGGUUCUUCUGUUUCUCAGCAAACUUGUGACAAGAAAAACGUUAGAUGUGCACUUGCUCCCCUCAAACGUUGUUCUGGAUGAAGUAAGUAGGUUUAGAGAUGAAUUCUAG